AUGUCCACAGAGGACCCUUUUGCUUUCCUCGGUGAGGAACCGAAACAAACACCUGGCAAGAAGCCGCAUUGGAGGGAGAAGUUGUUUUCCAAGGACAAGAAAGCCAGAGGAUCGACAGACCAGCAGAUUGAGGCAUUCUUGGGACCUACUCGCUCCAAGUCUCUGUCCUACGGCGCAACAACCACUCAGCGCGAAUUGCGGCCGCUGCGUCCUGAUGCUGCCAGUCGCUGGCCCUCUGCCCAGGAUGUGCUCAAUGCCUCGUCUUCAAUCACCGCUGCCCACGAUGUUACUCCAGUAGCGGACUUCACGAAACCUCCAUACAAGAGUCGUCCGCGCAAAGGAGUGAAGGUGAGAUUUGCCGAUCGCAAGCCCGAAGUCAUUGGAGAAGGAGGAGAUGAGGUAGAGGUUCCAACAAUGGAAAUAUCCCUGUGUCGUAACAGGGCUCAAAGCCUGGAAUCAACUGAGUCAGACAGCCAGUCCGAGCCGGAAGGGCCUCCUCAAUUGCGUCUCGAUACCUCAAUUGGAGCAAAUGAUGCGCCUACGUCCCGUGAACAACGCCGCGAACAUCCUAAGGCGCUGGCACUUGGAACAAGAGCAGAGGACUGGAAGCCGGUUCUCCUCCAUAAUGCUCAGGAUGCAGAUUUCUUGAUGACCCUGAGUCUGGGAGAAAGAGGUUCCCGGCUGUCAUUUCGAGCCUCACCAGAGUCCAAUUCGUUUGCGCAGCGCGUUCGGGCGAAGAUGCAAGCUGAGGAGGGUCUUGCUUUGCAACAUCGACUUUCAGAUCCUAUGUCGCCCGGUGAUGAGAACGAAACUCAGUCCCCGGCCCUGAGAACAGAGCCAAUCCCUCCAGAAAACCCAUUCAAAGACUCUCCAAGUCCUCCCUCGGUCACCCGAUCUGUGGCGUCGGAGAGACCUGUUCUUUCUCCGAUCCGACAGUCGAAUCCUAGUCUACCCGUUCCAGAAGUUGCAAGCCGACCGUCCAGUAGAGACGCGCGAGAGACAUCUCGCAGUCCACAGCCGCCUAAGUUUUCUCUCAAGUCUAUUGCUAACCAGUUAGGUGACACUGCUUUCGCAGACCUGAAGGGGUAUGUGGUACAAUUCCGGGACCCAAUUGAGAUUGCCGCCGAAAGUGCAAAGCCACUUGUUGGAACCCCGCUUUCAGAAUGGAUGAAGGCAGCAUUGUGGUGGUUUCUGCGUGGAAAGAAGAGACUAGAAUUCUAUGCCCGAUCGCGCCCUUCGAGUUCGAGUUCUGGUGUCCGAUCACCGCAGAAUCGACCCGCAGAGAGCGCGAAGCAAGCGAUCGUCGAUCUCGCGAAGGCGUUGUGGAUCACCGAGAAUAUUGUCCCCCAACAUGAGGAGCUGGCUCGAUACGGUUCAAUGAGCGUGGACGCUUUGCUUGCCGUGGCGAGUACGACUGGCAACAAGGAGCUGGCAGAUCUUCUAAGCCUGAGUCAAACCAUAACGAAUCAUCUGCGGUCGUUGGCGAUGUCUAUCAAGAGGAACAGUAUUCUCAUGACUCUCGCGCAGGAACGUUCUCCGAGUGACAUCGAUAGCACCGUCUGGGUUCAGUAUCCUGCCUUUGCGCCUGACGUUGCUGCGAUUUUAUCGGGAACAGCGACGAAAUCUCUCCUAGCUGACACCUCUGGGAAAGCACACAGCUUCGUGCAGAUGAUGCCACUCGGCGAUACCAACCGCUACUUCAGCUAUGGAAGUAUGUUUGUUGACGUCUGUAUCACAUCGAGCGACGAUGAUGACAAGCAACAUUCUAUACCAUGCGCUCUGUCCAUAAUCCGGGACAGGGCUGACUGGUACGUUUUUGCGGCCAUAACCAGUCAGAGCGAUCUGGUCGAUAUCGUGAUACAAUCAGAUAAGAAGAACGGUCCUACGUGGGAAAGUGUCAAUUGGCACGUCCGGUCACACUCAAUGCGCGUUAAGCUUCCACGCGGCUUUGAGUUACAUGUUCAAUUCCAGGAAGAGGAUUUUAAGAACAUCUGGAACAUUGUUCAGUACACAUCCAAGACCGAAGCGAGUCUCAAGCCAGAGAAAAACGAGUCACUAGUCUACGAGAACACCCUUAAGACUUUCCGAUACAUUGACUCUGUAACUCCCAAAGCCUUCCCUUCCGAGCCUGUGGAAAGAUGCCGUAUACGCCUCUUCGAGAGAACUGUGCCGUUGACUGAGGGCACAGGUCAGCGUAUGCAGCACCAGGGCUUCCGGAUAGCGAUACUCACUAGUCCGAAAGUCAAGACUCUGAGCAGUGUGCGUCACGUUCUCGGCAAUGGCGCCCCAAUAGUCUUCGGCCUUCUCCGUGGUGACGAUGGGGCACCAGCUCUUCUUUUGAAAGUCAAGGAGGAUGGUAGAACCAGGUCUAUGCUGAUGGCAUUCGAAGAGCUCGAAGAGCGAACAAUGUUGCACUCCCUCCUGUUGGGAAUACUUCCGCAGGAGCGAGAAGCGAAAUCACCAGAUAUCGCCAUUCGGGCCUUUACACUUGAGCAGCCCGCGGAUCGAGUUUCAGGAAAACCCGCCAAGGAACAUAUCCAGUUCCCCGCUGGCACGAUCUCGAUCAUAGAUGAGCAGUAUACACGACCGGAUCAUGGUUAUGGCCCUACCGUUCUUUCGGAACAUUUGCGUGCCUUCAUCGCGACGGAAUGGGGCUCGGUUACAGACCGUCUCAAUCUCGGCCCUGGUGAGUUGAAGCUUGGCCUUGAUGUCAACAAUCGAACAGGCCUUAGCCUAUAUCGACCGGGCCAGAAAGAUCUUACUGUUUCUGUCGCGGAGAACAUGGUCAUUCCCGAGAUGCCUGAUAAUUUGACCGAUUCUCUUUCAAAAAUCAUGGCAAACCCGACGAUUCGACGCUUCGACUUUGCAACCGUGCAAGAUCUGCACACAUUUCAACAGGCCGUGACUGGGUUCAAGGUGCUUUUUGAUAGUGUGGCCUCAUCCUUCGCCAUAUCACGGCGUCGUAUGGUAGUUCCCAUCACUAAGAAAUGGGAAUCGAGCCUCGCCCGGGUCCAGGUCAUCCGUCGGGAUAGAGUCGUGCAACUUGUGGCCUUCCUCAGCGAUUUCCAGUACGGCAGGUGCAUGAACUUUGUUCUAAAGGGCACAGACACUCUCGAGUCAUUCGGCAAAACCGGCAAAUUCGGCGUUCGCAUUGUCGAUGCUAAAUUUGCGUUGCCAAAAUCCGACGACGAUCCCGCCUCCAACUUUCUAUCUCUGGAUACACCAGAUUACCCAAUGGAGCAUGACGAUAUCUCGAUUGCCUUCGACUCUGAAGCAGACCGGACCAAUUUCCAAGCCGCUGUACCAGGCUCCGAAAAGCACAAGAUGGCUCCUACAAAUCGAGAAAUGGGAACUUCCACGCGCUCACUUCAUGCGGAUGAUGCGCUAAAUGCGGUUUCAGACGUUGCUCCUCCAAUUCACGUUGCCACUACUUUCCGGUACUCCGAUAACCCCGACGAUCUCGUGCCAUUUGCAGACCUUACAGACGACGUAUGUCUCGAGCUACCCAUAUUGAUCGCUCUGGGCGCUUCUAACACACACAUAUACUCGAGAUUGUCGGCUCCCAGCUCUACGCGCUUUGAAGCCAUUCUCUCAUCCCUUCUCAAUGGCGAGGCCAUCAGCUACUCUUCAGGGUUGUCAGCCCUACAUGCUGCGCUAACGCUGCUCAACCCUCGUCGUAUCGCGAUCGGAAAUGGCUACCAUGGGUGUCACGGUGUGAUCGCACUUUUCAGCCGCGUAACUGGACUUCAGAAACUGGACCUCGACUGUCCCGCGGAGAAAUUGGAAGCGGGCGAUGUAAUCCACUUGGAAACGCCAGUGAAUCCCGAGGGAACCGCAUUCAAUAUCGAAGCAUACGCCAAGAAGGCGCACUCGCGGGGGGCAUACCUUAUUGUUGACGCUACAUUUGCACCUCCCUUCCUUCAAGAUCCGUUUAAGUGGGGCGCCGAUCUGGUCUUGCAUUCGGGAUCCAAAUAUUUUGGGGGCCACAGCGAUGUUCUAUGCGGUGUGCUUGCCACUCAGCGCGAGGAUUGGGCCAAGCAACUACUGCAGGACCGAAUCUUCCUGGGUAGUGUUAUGGGGAAUAUGGAGAGCUGGCUGGGUGUGAGGAGUCUGCGGACUCUUGAAGUGCGGGUUCAACGCCAGAGCGAGAAUGCAACCAAGCUUGUUUCGUGGCUACAUCAAGCGCUUUCCGCCCAGAAUCCUGCUUCUGGUAGCGACGAGGCUUUGGUCCAGGCAGCUCUUGACAGUGUGCUUCACGCGAGUCUGCAGAAGGAAGAUGAAUCGUGGUUGUCGAAGCAGAUGCCUAAUGGAUUUGGACCUGUCUUUUCGAUUAUUACGAAGACGGAAGAUUACGCUCGCAAACUCCCUAGUAAGCUUGCUUUCUUCCAACAUGCUACUAGCCUAGGAGGAGUUGAAACGCUUAUUGAAUGGCGGACUAUGUCGGAUACAACAGUCGAUCGCCGGCUGCUGCGGAUUAGUGUUGGUUUGGAGAAUUGGGAGGAUCUUCGCCAGGAUUUGGUGACUGCAUUCAAAGCUCUAACUGAGAGCAACUAG